AUGGCUCCGGCUCCAGUGGCCCAGGAAGCCGGAGGCCGACGUCGCCGCUGUCGCUGUACCAGCGCGGUACUCCUGGUUGCAACCCUGGCCCUGGCAGGAUGGCUGCCCUUAGCAGCCAUUGGCUUCCUCUUUCCGGGCCAAGAAGCAAGACCACAAGCAGGACGCCGUGAGGCAGUGCUUGCCGCGCUGGCAGCAACUGCAACUCCUCUCCUGCCAGGUCAGGCCAUGGCGGUUGAUGCUCCUGGUGCCACCGCUCCUGUCUUUGUGGAUAGCGCCAUCUUUGAGCGCUUGGAGCACUUCAAGGACAUCGGAGUUCCAGCAACAUUGCAGGAUCCCAUUGCACGUGCGGCAAUCGCAGACGGCACGUGCCGCUCUGUCGUGGCACCCGGAUCAGGUCCUUUCCCCCUGGAUGGCUACGAUUUCUGGCAUCACAACCCCGAACGCGUGGAUGCAGUUCUAAAGGCGCUUACACAGCUGCCUUCCACAUCACAGCCGUCGAAGUUUGUGAGGGCGGCUAAGAAGCAGUUGCCAAAUGCAUGCUUCUACGGUUUCCGAACGGAGACCAACAAGCUGGAGCUCUACCAGCCGACUGCAUUGGCCAAAACCCUUUCGAAUUGGCACAGGGUUCUCUGCGACCCUCAGUGCGAUGAUCCUGCAGAAGAGCCCCAGCAGCAGGCCCUCACCACUGGUUUCAUCUGCAUGGCUGUCUGCGACACCGCCAAGAUGAAGUUCACUGCUGCAGCCAUCAGUGCCCUCUCUGCAAGCACGGCAGCAACACAAUCAGUCACUAAAAGCAUGUGCGCGGCAAUGCCUUGGACUAUCACCAGGGGUCCACUCACACCACUGGAUGGCCUUAAGUCCUAUGAAGCGAUAGCCGGGGCAACGGUACCAUGGCGAAAGGUGUGUGGUUGCACGGCGUGA